AUAGAGAAACUAAGUUUGUUUCAUCUGACACACUUUCCAACGGAUUUUGAAGGACGUUUUGGAAACUAAGUACAAGGAAUUUUUGUUAUUGUUCAUUCUCCAAUUUCCUCGAGGAAAUUCAAUGAUUAUUUAGAAAGUAACUUCAUCAAUUUUUAGUUCCAUUUUUUUGCAUCCAAUUCAGGGAAUGAGUGCAUCGCUUAAUUUUAUGUCUUGUCCUAUUUGGCUGAGUGAAUCGGUGUUCUCCUUUAGAGAUCUCGUUACUUUCUAACAGAUUGUACUAUAUAUUUAUCAAAUUAAAGGAUUGAAAAAAAAACAAUUGGAUUUAUUUGUUUUGUUGUGUGAGGCUUCAAAUUCAUUCUCGAAGUAUGGUUUUUAAUUACCUUUCUUUUGUACUGCGCACUAUGUGGACUUUUAUUUAAAAAAUAUUGAUUAAGAUGAGGCUGUUGAUAGUAUGCCUCUUUUUGGCCAUUGAACUACUUCUGUCUUAGAAAAAUUUUGAACAUUACUGGUGUCAAGAGUAUUAUUUUCAAAUGCACAUUAGCGUUAAUUUCAGAAAAGCUAAUAUAUAUUAAUGCAAGAUACAGUGAAUUCAGUUCCACAUCUAUUUGAUGCCAAAUUUUCUUUUCAAUUUCACAUAGCUUCUCAUAUUCAUAGAUUUUAUUUGUAUUGCAUUUGGUAACAAAGUUAAAAGUUUCUUACUUGGUAAAUGCAGGAACUGCUUUCUCAACGAGACCAGAUUGAUCAAGUUGCUGCUUAUAUCAUGCAAUUAAGAGAGAGAGUAGAGAAUCUGAAGAAGUCUAAAGAGCUAGUAAAGAGCAAAGUCGAAACAAAGGGUACAAAAAGCAGAAAUUCAGCUAUUCCGGGAUCAAGUAUUCCAAUUGUGAAAAUCAGAGAAAUUGGUUCAAACUUGGAAGUGGUUUUAGUAACUGGUUCAACGAAGAACUUUGCUUUACAUGAAGUCAUCCUAAUUCUUGAAGAACAAGGUGUAGAAGUAGUUAGCAUUAGCAUUUCUACAAUGGACGAUAAAAUCUGUCACAUACUGCACGCUCAGGUUAAAGUUUCCAGACUUGGCGUAGAUACAUCGACAAUUUACGAUAAAUUGCAGAAGUUAUUUAAUUAUGACACUUGGUUUGGGAGAAGCAAAAUGAAGGAAAACGGAGUUAUUAAUUUGAAGGGUAAUGAAAACUAAAUAAAUAAAGCAAGCAGACAGCUAUCCUUAGUGAAUGGAAUUAUUUUUGUCUCUACGUGAGAUUUAGUUCCUCAUUUUCCUUGCAAUUUUUGAGUCCUGCUAUCAUCAUUGAGGUAAAAAUGGCGGAUUUUUGUUAUAUGUAAGGAGCUUACGAGUUAUUUCAUCUUUUCUUGAGUUCACGGUGUGUGUGUUUGCUUUUUAUACGAUUACAAUUUAGCCCUCACUGGUUUAGAGUGGGAUUAGUAUAGGGUUAUGUACUUUUACAACUAAGCUUUGGAAAAAGGUUGAAAAUUGAAGAAUGAAAGUUCCUCUUCCUCUCUUU